CACUACUGCAUUGAUAUGGUAUCACAUUCCUUUAAUACCCUUUCCGUGUUCUAAUAGAAUUUCACACCUCUUUUCCCUCACUCAACACAACACUUAUUCCCUUGUUCACAUCAUAUCAUAUGAGAUUAUCCAUUCCAUCAUCAAAAUCAUGUAUCAAACUUGUUACAAAAUUGUUUUGUUGUUACAUAUUUUCUUGGUGUAACAUAUAAACAUAACAUAAAUAUGAAACCUUAUAACUUAUCCUCACAUAACAAUCUUCUAACUAUGUCUUCUUCUUUUUCUUCAUGGCUUACUUCUCCUUCAUGCACCCUUUUAUCCAAAGAUUCAUCUUCAUCUACACCACAAUUCAUACUUCAAUGGUUAACCUUCAUUUUCCUAUCACCAUGUCCACAAAGACUUCUUCUAACUUCUCUUGAUUCCUUGUUUUUGUUAUCCCUUUUAGCUUUUGCAGCUCAAAAACUCUAUUUAAGGUUCAAUUCAAGUUCAAACUCUAGCUCUUCAUCAAUCACAAAACCACUUCUGCAGGAGAAAGAUUCUGACUAUAGAAUCACUUUUUGGUUCAAACUACCUUUGUUGGUAACUACUCUUUUGGCUAUAACUUACACUGUUCUAGGAAUAUUGGCUUUUACUCAAACAAAUUUUGCUUCAUGGAAACAAAUAGAAGCACUUUUUCGGUUUUUCCAAGCAAUAGUUAACAUUGUGAUAGUGAUUCUAAUGGUACAUGAGAAAAAGUUCAAAGCUUCCAAACACCCUUUAUCACUAAGAAUCUAUUGGAUAUCAAACUUUGUGAUUGCUUCUUUGUUUGCAGCUUCAGCUAUUUUUCGUUUUAUAAGUGUCGGCGAAGAAAGUUUGGAGCUUAGUUUGAGACUUGAUGACAUAUUCGCAUUGGUUAAUCUUCCAUUAUCUGUUUUCUUUUUUGUUGUAGCAGUUAAAGGUUCAUCAGGGAUUCAUGUGAUAAGAAUAUCCGAUGUAGUAGUAGCGUCACAUCGAUCGAUUUCAAUCGAUAGAACUUUGAGUCCUUAUGCUUAUUCUUCAUUUUUCUCCAAAACAGUUUGGUUAUGGAUGAACCCUUUGAUCAACAAAGGUUACAAAACACCCCUUAAGCUAGAAGAUGUUCCUUCACUUCCUAUAAAUUUUAGAGCAGAAAAAAUGUCAGAACUUUUUCAAAACAAUUGGCCAAAAUCAGAGGAAAACAGUAACCACCCUGUUGGAAAAGCCUUAUUUAGAUGUUUUUGGAAACACAUAACGUUCACUGGCUUCCUUGCAAUCAUUAGGCUUUGUGUUAUGUACAUUGGUCCAAUGCUGAUUCAAAGUUUUGUUGAUUUCACAUCAAGGAAAGAUAGUACUCCUAGUGAAGGCAUUGUUUUGAUAUUGAUCCUUUUUGCAGCAAAAUCAGUUGAAGUACUUAGUGUUCAUCAAUUCAAUUUCCACUCUCAGAAACUUGGUAUGCUUAUUCGUUCGAGCAUAAUCGCUUCGGUUUACAAAAAAGGUUUAAGGUUGUCAAGUUCUUCAAGACAAGCUCAUGGAACUGGACAGAUUGUGAAUCAUAUGGCUGUUGAUGCUCAACAGCUCUCAGAUUUGAUGCUGCAGUUUCAUCCUAUAUGGUUGAUGCCAUUACAAGUAGCUGCAGCAUUGGCUCUAAUGUAUAGCUAUGUUGGUGUAUCAGUGCUUGCAGCACUUCUUGGAACAGCCAUAGUUUUUCUUUUCACUCUAUAUAGAACCAAGAGUAGUAACAGCUUCCAGUUUCGGAUAAUGACGAGCCGUGAUUUGAGGAUGAAGGCGACAAACGAGUUGCUUAACAACAUGCGUGUGAUAAAAUUUCAAGCUUGGGAGGACUAUUUUGGAGAGAAGAUUCAACGGUUUCGUGAAGCUGAGCACGGCUGGAUUGCGAAAUUCUUGUACUAUUUUGCUGUUAACAUGGGAGUUUUGUCCACUGCUCCAUUAACUGUAACUGUUCUUACAUUUGGAACAGCUACUAUUCUUGGAGUUCCUUUGAAUGCUGGCAGUGUUUUCACAAUAACUUCAAUCAUAAAGAUACUUCAAGAGCCAGUGAGGACUUUUCCUCAGGCUCUAAUCAUGAUAUCUCAAGCUACAAUAUCUUUAGGGAGGUUGGAUGAGUUCAUGAUGAGUAAGGAAAUGGACGAGAAUGCAGUGGAAAGAGAGGAGAAUUGUGAUGCUGAUGUAGCUGUGGAGAUAAAAGAUGGGAAAUUUUCAUGGGAUGAUAAGGACGAGAUUGAUGCUUUGAGGGUUGAUGAGUUGGAAAUUAAGAAAGGGGACCAUGCUGCUAUUGUAGGAACUGUUGGGUCAGGCAAGUCUUCAUUGUUGGCUUCUGUGUUGGGAGAAAUGUUCAAGAUCUCAGGAAAGGUGAGAGUUUGCGGGACGACAGCAUAUGUAGCACAAACAUCAUGGAUUCAGAAUGCAACCAUCAAAGAAAACAUAUUGUUUGGUUUACCAAUGAACACAGAGAAGUACAAGGAAGCUAUAAGAGUGUGCUGCUUAGAGAAGGAUCUUGAAAUGAUGGAUGACAGCGAUGAAACCGAAAUUGGAGAGCGCGGUAUUAACCUCAGUGGCGGCCAGAAACAACGUAUACAACUUGCUAGAGCUGUAUAUCAGGACAGUGAUAUCUAUCUCCUUGAUGAUAUAUUCAGUGCUGUUGAUGCUCAAACUGGAUCAUUCAUUUUUAAGGAAUGUAUCAUGGGAGCUCUUAAAGAUAAGACCAUUUUACUUGUAACCCACCAAGUUGAUUUCCUGCAUAAUGUUGACUCUAUAAUGGUAAUGCGUGAAGGAAGAGUAGUACAAAGUGGAAAGUAUGAUGAACUUCUCAGAGCUGGCCUAGAUUUUGGUGCACUUGUAGCUGCACAUGAAUCCUCUAUGGAAAUAACAGAAACAACUGAUAAAGCUGGUGGUGAUGAUUCUAUUCUGUCUCCAAAACUAGCUCGAAUCCCUUCGAAAGAAAAAGAAAGCGUUGGCGAAUCUCAAGAUCAAUCUAAGUCUGAAGAUAAGGCUGCAGCAAAGCUCAUUGAAGAUGAGGAAAGGGAAACAGGAAGUGUGGACCUUACAGUAUACAAACAUUAUUUCACUGAAGCAUUUGGAUGGUGGGGAAUAGCACUCAUGGUAGCAAUGUCAUUGGCUUGGAUAUUGUCAUUUUUGGCUGGUGACUAUUGGCUAGCAAUUGCAACUGCUGAUGAUUCUAGCAUUCCUUCUUUCACCUUCAUUUUUGUUUAUGCUAUUAUAGCUGUUGUUGCAUGUAUAGUUGUGAUGGUAAGAGCUUUCUUGUUUACAUAUUGGGGUUUAAAGACAUCUCAAAGCUUCUUCAUUGGAUUGCUUCGAAGUAUCCUCCAUGCACCUAUGUCAUUCUUCGAUACAACUCCUUCUGGCAGGAUUUUGAGUCGUGUAUCAACUGAUAUACUUUGGGUGGAUAUAUCAAUUCCAAUGUUGGUAAACUUUGUAAUGAUAGCAUACUUAUCAUUAUUCAGCAUCCUCAUUGUCACAUGCCAGAAUUCUUGGGAAACUGUCUUCCUUUUAAUUCCACUGUUUUGGCUCAACAACUGGUAUAGGAAAUAUUAUCUUGCAACUUCAAGGGAAUUGACUAGACUUGAUUCUAUCACAAAAGCUCCAGUGAUUCAUCACUUUUCAGAGACAAUUUCUGGUGUUAUGACAAUCCGUAGCUUCAGAAAGCAGAAUGAAUUUUGUCAGGAAAAUAUUGACAGGGUGAAUGAAAGUCUAAGAAUGGAUUUCCAUAACAAUGGUGCAAAUGAAUGGCUUGGUUUUAGGUUGGACUAUAUGGGAGUUGUUUUCCUUUGCAUUGCCACACUUUUUAUGAUCUUUUUGCCGAGUGCUGUUGUUAAGCCAGAAUAUGUUGGUUUGUCUCUGUCCUAUGGCUUGGCUCUGAGUGGCCUCAUGUCAGCUACCAUAACAAUGACUUGCAAUGUUGAGAACAAAAUGGUUUCAGUUGAGAGGAUAAAACAGUUUACAAACCUUCCAUCAGAAGCUUCAUGGAAAAUAGCUGAUAAGUCUCCUCCUCAGAAUUGGCCUAGUCAUGGCACUAUAGAGUUAAACAAUUUACAGGUUAGGUAUAGGCCAAAUACUCCUCUAGUUCUUAAAGGAGUGACUCUCACCAUUGAAGGUGGAGAAAAAGUUGGUGUUGUUGGACGUACAGGGAGUGGAAAAUCAACCCUUAUUCAAGUGUUAUUUAGGUUGAUUGAGCCUUCAGCUGGAAAAAUAAUCAUUGAUGGUAUUAAUAUUUCCACUAUUGGACUUCAUGAUUUGAGGUCACGUUUUGGAAUUAUUCCACAAGAGCCUGUCCUCUUUCAAGGAACAGUUAGAAGUAACAUUGACCCUCUUGGAUUGUAUUCUGAAGAUGAAAUUUGGAAGAGUCUUGAACGCUGCCAAUUGAAAGAAGUGGUAGCUGCAAAGCCUGAGAAACUUGAAGCUUCAGUGGUUGAUGGUGGAGACAAUUGGAGUGUGGGACAAAGGCAACUUCUAUGUUUGGGAAGGAUUAUGUUAAAACGCAGUAAAAUAUUAUUCAUGGAUGAAGCAACAGCAUCAGUUGAUUCACAAACUGAUGCUGUAAUACAAAAGAUCAUCAGAGAGGACUUUUCAGAUCGUACAAUUAUUAGCAUUGCUCAUAGAAUACAAACUGUUAUGGAUUGUGACAGGGUUUUGGUCAUAGAUGCAGGUUUUGCAAAGGAAUUUGACAAGCCAUCACGUUUGAUGGAAAGGAAUUCACUUUUUGGAGCAUUGGUUAAGGAGUCUUCUAAUAGAUCAGCUUAAUCAUAGUUGUUUGCCACUUAUGAUGGCAGAUCCAAAGUUUUUCUAGAUUAUGAAUGUUCUAACCUUUCUGUAGUUCCUUUUUUCUUGUGAAGCUUUUUGUAGUUCUAUAUUUGAGUAGUAAGAGAGGUAAUGGAUAUCUACGAAUAGAAAUAGAACUAUCUAUUAUCUUAUUUGUUGAAUAUAGAUGGUAUUUGUGCUUUAUUUAUAUUUGUGUGAAUAUUUGUUUAACAUACAUUCAAUUGAUUUUAAUGUAUUUGGAGAUAUCCAUCGAUAUCAUCAUUUAAA